AUGCACCUUGAGCGUCGCGCCGUUUUUCCACAGCAAGGUGAGGCGGAACGCACGGUCCCAACAGUGCUCGAGUACCCGCCCCUUACGCUCCGCUCAGCCGGGGUUGGUGCGGUACUUCGCAAGGACAAUCCAGGUACGGGAGGCCGUAGUCCGACUCCGGGCGGCGAGUGUUCGUCAGGCGACGCACGCAAUGGUCGUGGCAUGCAUGCGAGGGCAGCGUUCAGUAGUGCCCGCGGCAGCGAAAAUGGAAGCGAGCUACAGGAUCUCCGUUUGCAGAUGUGGGGAGAACAGACCUGCGGCAGGGCAGGGACGCUAACGGGCCCAGGGUACCUCGUUCAUAUUUUCGUGUACCUCUUUGUACCGUUUGGCAGACAGUUCCCAGGCUUGAUUCGCUAUGAUCGAAGAUUUCCCCUACCAAGGAAGGGUCACGUUGUUAGGAACGGAUGCAUCUUGCUCCUUUGGCCUGGCUUGCGACCCGUUUGGGAAAGCGUUCUGUUGUUUAGCCUAAAGCCCGGUCUUGGAGAUUUCGAGCUUUCUCCAGAUCUAGAAAUCCCCUCCAAAUCGUAUGCAGCAGGAGAAAGUGUUGAGGUUGUGUUGCAUCCUGCCAGGUGGUAUGACUGCGCGAUUGGUGGCACAGAGUGA